UGAGAAUCGAUGUAGGUUCGUUCCAGUGGUGGUAAGCCACACGGUAUGGCCGUAUCCCAGAGCGCAUCCAUUGCAGGCUCGCAGAAUAUUUUGCAUGUCGUCGCAAGGGCCGCAAGGGAAUCACGAGCCAAAAGUACUUUGCGAGAUCAAUGAAAUGCAGAUCAGUGCAGCUGUAUGCUGAAGGAUAUCAGAAAUGAUGCGGUACGGUAGAGCUCGAUGCGUGUUGUUUAUCGAAUCUCUCCUGAUUCUAGAUGGGUAUACGUAUUACGCAGCUGCAUACAACAUGAGGCCUGAGGGAUACACGAGGAGUCGAUGUGGCUUUGAUCAUUCGGAAGUGACGGGAUAUCUGUGUUGGGUCACAAGGAUCCGUAAGAGCGGGCAAGGCGGAGAACGUACAAGCGCCUGAGUGCUAGCCAUACUUCGAGGUGGUUGGUAUCUCGAUCACGGGUCACAGGGUCCAUGCCUAGAGGGUAGCAGCAUCUAACAGCUGGUCUCUGAAGAAGCAUGAGCGCUAACUAACCGUGCUUCCUUCUCAUAUCUGGUACGCCCUCGACCAUUUACAAGCGACUAAUUAAUUCCCUCUCCAUCUUUGAAGGGUCCAUGGGAAAAGGUACUAGUAGAUGUGACGAAGAAGUGUUGGUGUAGCCUUAUAAUCAUUGCAGUGUGCAGUGUGAACCGGCAAAUAUCCCACCCGAAGCCAGAUUCAAUGGGCAAUGGGCAGUAUGGAUAUAUAUUGGAUGUGUACGUUGAGGCGGAAU